CACAGGUGCUCAAGUAGAGCUCUCACCCUGACCUACACAAGCACAGAUUAUUCACACACAAUCGUGCACAUUCUCUGAGUAGAUACAGCAUGAGUACAGUGUCUGAGUCUCUAGAUGGGAGCAGCAGGUCUCUGUCUGCAGCCAGGAGACACAAGAGUAUCAGGAAAACCUCCAGGAGGAUUUAUUCUGCCUACCAGGACCACCAGGAGGGCUCCUCAGAUGAAGAAGACAAAGUAGAUGAGAGGGUGGACAGCAAUGAUCCAGAGGAGAUGUUCCAAAACAUUCAGUACCAGAAGGAGAUCAUCGCCAAUAUUCGGACUAGGCCCUGGCCAAUGAGGCGCAAACUCAAAGUCCUAAAGCAGGCCAGAGAGAUUGUUCUGAGAUAUGAGGGCCGACUAACCAGAACCCGAGGUUACCAGACCGCAGGAGCUGAUCUGCUGAAGAAACUUUCCCGUUUGCUUUACAACAUUGUGGUGCUGUUCAUUCCUUGGGAAGUCAGGAUCAAGAAAAUUGAAAGUCACUUUGGGUCAGGCGUGGCCUCCUACUUUAUCUUCCUCCGCUGGUUGUUUGGGAUCAACAUUGUUCUCACCAUCAUGACUGGAGCCUUCAUUGUCCUACCAGAGCUGCUGGCUGGAGCACCAUUUGGAACAACAAGAAGUAAAACUAUUCCCAAGGAACACCUGGCUUCAGCCCAGGACCUGGACACCAUCUGGUCUCUUGGGGGCUACCUCCAGUACUCUGUGUUAUUCUAUGGUUACUAUGGCAGGGUGAGGAAGAUCGGCAGUGCAGGGUACCGAUUACCCCUUGCCUACUUCCUGGUUGGAAUGGCUGUCUUUGCCUACAGUUUCAUCAUUCUGUUGCGAAAAAUGGCAAAGAAUUCACGCCUGAGCCUGGCUAGUGCUUCUGAUGAAAGCUUCACUUUCUGCUGGAGAAUAUUCUGUGCCUGGGAUUACCUGAUAGGAAACCCAGAGGCUGCAGAGAGCAAAGGAGCUGCCAUUGUUAACAACAUCAGGGAAGCCAUUGUCGAGGAGCAAGAAAAGAAGAAGGAUACCAGUCUUGCAGUUCUGAUCAGUCUACGGAUCUUGGCCAACAUCCUGGUGCUCCUGUCUUUAGCAGGAAGUAUAUACAUCAUUUACUUUGUGGUGGAUCGUUCUCAGAAACUGGAGCAGGAGAAGCCGGAGCUGACGCUAUGGGAGAAGAAUGAGGUGAGUGUAGUAGUUUCUCUCAUCACCAUGAUUGCUCCAUCUGCUUUUGAACUGGUGGCUCAACUGGAGAUGUACCACCCACGAACCUCACUGCGAUUCCAGUUGGCCAGGGUCCUUGUCUUAUACCUUGGGAAUCUCUACAGUCUCAUCAUUGCUCUCCUUGAUAAAGUCAACAGUAUGAGCUCUGCUGUCCAAGUGAGUAACAGUAACUGGAAUGAGUCCAGCUCCUUUCUGGCCACAAUAUCUCACCCUGAGGGAAACAGCCUCUCCACCCUAGUGUCAGAUAUCUCCCUCUCUAAGAAUCACAACAGCACCGCAGCAACCAUCGCCACAGUGCUGGCUGUAACCAGCAGGAGCAGCUCGGGGGACGUCUACAACCAGACAGCUGUGUUUGAAAAGAACACCCGACAACAGGAUCAGUGCUGGGAGACCUAUGUUGGACAGGAGAUGUUGAAGCUGUCCAUCAUUGACAUGAUCUUCACAGUGGCGAGCAUCCUGCUCAUUGACUUCAUCAGAGGUCUAGUGGUUCGCUACCUCAGUGACUGCUGCUGCUGGGAUUUAGAGAGCAAAUUUCCUGAAUAUGGAGAAUUCAAAAUAGCUGAGAAUGUCUUGCAUCUAAUUUAUAACCAAGGAAUGAUCUGGAUGGGGGCAUUUUUUUCUCCCUGUCUUCCUGCCUUUAAUGUGCUGAAGCUGAUUGGUCUGAUGUAUCUGAGGAGCUGGGCUGUUCUUACCUGUAAUGUUCCCCAUCAGCAGGUCUUUCGAGCAUCCAGGUCAAACAAUUUCUACCUGGCUAUGCUGCUUUUCAUGCUGUUUUUGUGUAUGCUGCCCACCAUCUUUGCUAUAGUGAGAUACAGACCAUCACAACACUGCGGACCUUUCAGUGGUCAAGAGAAGAUUUACGACAUCAUCUCUGAGACAGUGGCCACUGACUUCCCGGUGUGGUUCAGUAAAGUAAUAAGUUAUAUCACCAGUCCUGUCGUCGUACUGCCAGCACUGCUGCUGCUGUUCAUGCUGAUAUACUAUCUCCAGUCUAUUGCCAGAUCCCUCAAAUUCACCAACAACCAGCUAAGGAUGCAGCUCCAGACUGAGCGCACUGAAGACAAGAAGAAAGUCUUCCAGAUGGCUGCAGCGAGACUACAGAUUCCAGAGGCUGCUGCAGACAAAAAGUCAGAUCAUGAGGAAAGCAACAUCGCCAGCCAAGAGCCCUCUAAUCACACCCCAUCUCCCUGUCAGAAUAGCAGCACCACAAACUUUGAUUCCCCUGUUCAUCGUGGGAAUUGCAUCCGCACCAUCACGAAAUCAGUAACUAGAGGAGACCUGAACAGAGGAGGUGUGGCCGGAUCUAUCAGAUGUCCAGCAGUAACCGUACUGCCCAAACAUUGGCUGGAACACAUUCCUAACAGGCCUCCACCAUUUCUUGGUGGUCCUAGUGGUGCCUCCAGAUCCAAGUCCUAUCAUCACAUGGUAUACAAUUCUCCACCUCACUGUUCUGACAGUAUUCACUCUGACCCCUUGUGCAGGAAGACUAUACAUUCUGUUCAUCCAGUUGAAGCUGCUGGGAUCAUCACUGCACAGAGUUAUAGAGGACGCCGUGGUCACACCACCCGCUAUGUGAUUGUCAAUGAGCAUGAACCCAGGAAAAAGUUGCUGCGCUCAGCCACACGGAUCCCACGCCAUUAUUUCAUGGAGGAACCCACAGAGAUCAUGGAACUGUACCCACGUAAUGUCAGACGGUACACACCACGCAAUGCUCACAGUAAACCACGUCCUUACCAGUCCCACGCAUCACAGCAACACCCAAGUGAAGAGGAUGAGGAGGAAGACCAAGGGAAAGGCAGGAGAAAGAUGUCACUAGGGAAAACUCAUCGGCCCCGCUCACCAUCUAACCUCCAACAGCCAGCACAUUUCUACAUUGGUGACCGUCUAGAAACCUACAUAACUAUAUCCAAAGAAAACCACCCAGCUCAAGGAAGAUAUGGGGCUCAAGACGUAGAUGAAGAGGAGGAUGGAGUAGGAGAAAUAGCCUGUGGAGAUGAAGAGUCACACUCUGAGUCACAGGCCAAUGUGAGAGUAGCUGACCCUCUUCUUCUGCGAACCAGAUGUCACAUUCAUUCCCCGAGAAGACAGUGUCUGUCUCAAACUCGGGCCAGGCAUGUUGAGCCUCAUGUGAAGUCCAAGACGAAGCAAAAGCUGGAGAAUGUGCAGACUGAGUCAGACUCAGCUUCCCUGGCCUCGAGCAGUGACCAGCAGAAUAGCAGCAAUGACCAGUAUAUUCAGGUUAUCCACAACAAGGAGCGCUAUCUGAAGUCUGGAGCCAGGCAAGGACAAAUGGCCAAAAAGAAAUCCAAAACCAGCUUUGAUCUAAAAAUCACUGAAUCAAAUGAUCUGGUCUGCUCCAAUGUUUGAAAUGUUGGAAUUUUUUCUGUUAAAUAAUAUAUGUAGCAUCAGGUAUUAAUUGACACUCUGCACUGAAAGCACACAAAAAUGUAAUUUCCUUUCUGUGUUUGUGUGAUUCCAUAUCCUUUUGAUGCUGUUAAAUAAUUGCACUAGCUAUUGUGGAAGUGCAUAGAAUAGAAGAAUGUGUCUACUUGUGUAA